GAGGCGCGGUCUUUUAGUUGAUUGACCUUGCGCGGGAUUGAUUCAUCUGCCCUCCUUGAGAUCGCGAUUUCUCGAGACACGCUAGGUCACAGCAACCGCGCGACUUAACAAUAUCUCGAUAAACGUCGUAUUCAAGGUUCAUUCGUUCACAUAGAAUUCCCGUGAAACGGAAAAGGCGCACAUCAUGGCUGAAGCACAGGGAACACCGCCCACUACGGCCGCACCUGUCGCUGUUGUCUCGUCCCCCGACCCGGCUCCGACGACGAGAUCAUCGCGAGCCGUCCCAGCGGUGGCGAUUGAUCCCGCUCAACAGGAUGAUCCGGUUGAAGCUGACGAGGGGUUCGCUAGUGACAACGAUUCAUCGAUUGAUGAUAGAAUUUCGAGUUACACUGCGUCCCUAUCGUCCAGCGUCAUCGACUACCCGGAAGAGUAUGGCCGUCGCUACCAUGCAUUCAGACCGGGCUCAUACUCGUUUCCAAACGACGAGGUCGAGAUGGAGCGUCUCGACAUGGCCCACGCCAUGAUGGUGAGGGCGAUUGGAAGCAAGCUCUGGCUAGCGCCGCUGGCCAAGGACAAGGUCCAUCGCAUCUUGGAUAUCGGCACGGGUACUGGUAUCUGGGCUGUUGAGAUUGGUGACAUUUUCGAGAACGCCGAGGUUAUCGGGAAUGAUUUGAGCGCUAUCCAACCGGAGUGGGUGCCCCCAAACGUCAAAUUUGAGAUUGACGAUGUCGAGAGCGAGUGGGUUGGCGUCAAGAAGUACGACUUCAUCAUGUGCCGAUACAUGGCCGCCUCCAUCCAGGACUGGCCGAAGCUGAUUGCCAACAUUUACGACAACCUCAACCCAGGAGGCUGGGCCGAGUUCCAAGACAUGAGCACAGAAUACUACUCCGACGACGGAAGCUACACCCCCCAACACGCAACCUACGAAUGGAACCAGACCUUUGUCGAAACCCUCGACAAAAUCGGGCGCGAUCCGCGUCCCGGACCGAAGCUCGAGGGGUGGGUGAGCGGGCACGGCGGAUUCGAGCACGUGGCGCACCACAAGUUCAAGACGCCCAUUGGGCCGUGGGCGCGGCAUCGACACUUCAAGGACCAGGGGUUGCUGAAUCUGGCGCAGAUUCUUGAGGGGUUGGAAGGGUUUUCGUUAAAGUUGCUAUGCGGUGUGCUGGGGAGGAGUAAGGAGGAGGUGUUGGUACAGCUUGCGGAAGUGAGGAGGGAGUUGAAGACGGGGGCGUUUCAUGCGUUAUUGGAUUUGUGAGUGUUCCUUCCCCUGGAUUUUUUUUUAAAAUUCCGUUGUCCAAGGUCGACGAUGAUUUUGGGUAUUAUCUCUGGGAACUAACUAGUUCAUACGCAUAGGCACGUGGUGUAUGGGCAGAAGCCUGCUCUACCGGCUGCAA